GGGCCUGCGGGAGCGCGCGAGCCUGGUGGGCGGCGCGGGGCGGAUCCUCGUCGGAGAUCGCUCGGCGGAGCGUCAAGCCUACGAGGUCGUUUCGGGUGAGGGGGUCGCGCCGGAAGUGGCUGUGCCGCGCGCCUCGGUGCUGGAAGGGAGACGCGGGAGGAGUUUAGUCGUUCAAGGGGGCGCGGCACCGCCGGGUGCUCUUUGAUUCCCUGCAGCAGCCAUGGCGAAAGGCAGAGUCGCCGCCGAGCGAUCGCAGUCGGGGAUGCAGCACUCCACCACCGCGGGCGACCGGACGGCGGGGACGCGGGGCUCUGCCGCGCAAGGUAGCAGAGAACACUUGAAGGAAAAACCUUGUGCAGAAGCUGGGUCAGCAAGAACAUCACUCCUUAUACUGGUGUCCAUUUUUUUAUGUGCAGCUUUUGUUAUGUUUUUGGUAUAUAGGAAUUUUCCUCAGCUUAGUGAAGAAGAAAGAGUGAAUAUGAAGGUUCCGAGAGAUAUGGAUGAUGCAAAGGCUCUUGGAAAAGUUCUCUCCAAAUAUAAGGACACAUUUUAUGUACAAGUACUGGUUGCUUAUUUUGCUACAUAUAUUUUCUUGCAAACAUUUGCUAUUCCAGGCUCCAUAUUCCUCAGUAUACUCUCCGGGUUUCUUUACCCCUUUCCUCUAGCCUUAUUCCUUGUGUGUUUGUGUUCUGGCCUUGGCGCCUCCUUCUGCUACAUGCUCUCAUACUUGGUUGGAAGACCUGUUGUGUACAAAUACCUAACAGAGAAAGCAGUCAAAUGGUCGCAGCAGGUAGAACGUCAUAGAGAGCAUCUCAUUAACUACAUUAUAUUUUUGAGGAUCACACCAUUUCUGCCUAAUUGGUUUAUUAAUAUUACGUCUCCUGUGAUAAAUGUGCCAUUGAAAGUGUUUUUUAUUGGUACUUUUCUAGGUGUUGCACCUCCCUCUUUUGUAGCAAUUAAGGCAGGAACAACUUUGUAUCAGCUUACAACAGCAGGGGAAGCUGUUUCCUGGAACUCAGUAUUUAUUCUAAUGAUUUUGGCUCUUCUUUCUAUUCUGCCAGCCAUCUUCCAAAAAAAACUAAAACAGAAAUUUGAGUGAAACAAGGUUUUGUUUACAUCACAACCACCAUCAUCAUCUCAGGAUUAGCAGGCGUAUUCAUUUUAUGUUUUGAAAUCAUCUCUUUAGUAACAGAAGGAAGCAUUUUAAAAGUAAAAUAUCCUAUGAGAUAGUUAAAAUAAUGCAUUAAUGUGACAAGAGAGAGCAGA